GACAGAUUCAUGUUUCAUGAGCUCCGGAACUGGAAACGGCAAUUGCAUAGUACAUACCGUUGAUUUUUCAUCAUGACUUCAUCGAAUUUUCCUAGAAAAAUUAAAUGAAACUAUCGGAUAAUUCUGUAAUGUUCUCUCUCUCUCUCCCUCAUCUCUCUCCUCUUGUCUCGAAGCUGUUGAGCUUGUCUGAAACAGAGAUCGAUUAGAGAGAGUUCCUGGAAUCUGGGAUCUGAAAAAGAUUCAAGCUUUUUAAGUCAACGCCACCUGAGAAGCUGUCUAAACUCGGUGGAUAAGAUAUGGGAGACCGGAAAAAACCCGAAGACCGAGCUCUGACCGUGGCGGUUGCGAUCAAAGGAAACAACAUCAGCAAAAGCAAAGGUCUUGUCCGGUGGGCGAUUCAGCAGUUUGCUUCUCUUGAUCACGUUGUCUUCAAACUCUUACAUGUCCAACCAAGAAUCACUUCUGUCCUUACGCCGACAGUGGGAAACUCGAUACCGAUAUCGAGCGUGCGAGAAGACAUAGCCACGGUUUAUAAGGAAGACGUUAAUUGGAAGACGAGAGAGAUGCUUCUUCCUUACAGAGACAUGUUUGUCCGAAUGGAGGUUCAAUCGGAUAUAAUGAUGCUCGAAUCAGACGAUAUAGCGGCUGCGAUUUCUAAGGCUGUUGAAGAGAAUGGAAUCAACGAGCUCAUCGUCGGGGCUUCGUCCUCUAGCUUCUUUCCAUGUCUGUGUCUUAGCAGGAGACAGAAGAGAAGCAACUUGUCUUCAAGAAUCUCGGACAGUACGCCGAGGUUUUGCACUGUACACAUCAUCUCUAAAGGAAAACUUCUGUCCGUACGACCACCUGAUCCAGACCGGGAAGCCGCUGUUACAGAUGACAGGAGCGAAGAACGGUUUUCAUCGGCUGGGGCGAGCCAUCGCUUUCCCUCUUCGCCAUUACUCUUCCAAAGACUUCACGCCCUAUCGAAUGUGAAUAAUGCACUCAUCCAUAACAGAGCUCUGUCCUUUGAUGUGGAUGAAUCCAAGAAGCAUCAUCAUCCAAAGGGCUUUUACCGUACUAACAGUUCGGGAAUCGGGUAUGCAGCAAGCGAUUCCUCGAGCUGGAGCCACUCCCAGAUGGAUAACCAGACGUCGUUCUCGGGUCAGGGAUCCAGUUCGAGCGGAUAUACCGACUCUACUUCAUCCGGAAGUCAGAUGAAUGUGGACUUCGAGCUCGAGAAGCUCAAGAUCGAACUCAGACACGUUAGAGGAAUGUACGCUAUGGCUCAGACCGAAAUCAUGGAUGCUUCUAGAAAGCUGCAAGAUCUGAACCACCGACGAUUAGAAGAAUCCGUAAAGCUGAAGGAACUGACGAUUAAAGAAGAAGAAGCAGAAGAAGCGGCGGCAAAGGAGAAGGAGAAGAAAGGAGAGGCGGAGAAAGAGGCUGAGAUGGUGAGGCUAAGCGUCGAGAGAGAGGUCGAGGAGAGGGUAGAGGCGGAGAUGAGAGCCGAGGAGGUGGCGAGAGAGAAAAAGAGGCUUCAAUUUCAGCUCGAAGGCGGUUUUCAGUACGUGAAAUUCGCGUGGGAGGAGAUCGUCGAGGCGACUUCCUCGUUCUCCGAGGAUCUGAAGGUCGGAAUGGGAGCUUACGGAAACGUGUUUAAGUGUUGCUUGCACCACACGGAUGUCGCCGUUAAGGUUCUUCAUCCGGACAAGACCGGCCUCACCAAGCAGUUCGAACAGGAGCUGGAGGUGCUCAGCAAGAUCCGGCACCCGCACUUGCUCCUCCUCCUCGGCGCGUGCCCUGAACGCGGAUGCCUAAUCUACGAGUACAUGCACAACGGCAGCCUUGAAGAACGGCUCUUCGGCCACCAAACGCAGCCGCUACCGUGGUUCGAGCGUUUCCGAAUCGCGUGGGAAAUUGCGUCGGCUCUAUACUUUCUCCACACCACCAAACCAAAACCGAUCGUGCAUCGGGACCUCAAGCCGGCGAACAUCCUCCUCGACCGCAACCUCGUCAGCAAGAUCGGAGAUGUGGGCCUUUCCAAGAUGGUAAACCUCGACCCUUCUCAUGCCUCCACGCUCUUCAACAGUACCGGACCGGUCGGUACGUUCUUCUACAUCGACCCGGAAUACCAAAGAACCGGUUUGGUCUCGCCGGAAUCCGACGUCUACGCCUUCGGGAUCAUACUUCUGCAGCUGGUUACGGCUAAACCGGCCAUGGCUCUGGCUCAUGCCAUGGAGAAGGCCGUGAGAGAGGGGCGGUCGGCCGAGAUGGUGGACGCGACGGCUGGAGAUUGGCCCGGAGAUGAGAUGAAGGAGAUCAUAAAACUAGGGCUGAGAUGUACUGAACUGCGACGACGAGACCGGCCCGAUCUCGGGGACGAGAUUCUUCCGGUUCUUGAACGGAUGAAGAACGUUGCUUGCAUGGCAAGAACCGCCGUUUCAGAAGCCCUAAUCGAUCCUCCUCCGGGACAUUUCGUAUGUCCACUACGCAAGGAUAUAAUGGAGGAUCCAUGCGUUGCCGCCGACGGGUACACGUACGACCGGAGAGCCAUAGAGGAAUGGCUUCAAGAGAGCGAUAGAUCUCCAAUGACGGAUUUGCCCUUCCCCCACACAAACCUUCUCCCCAAUCAUUCCCUUCUCUCCGCGAUUCAGGAAUGGAGGUCCAACCAAAAUUAACAGUUUAUAUUUCUUAUUUUUAAAUUAAUUGAAAAUCAUCCUCGUUCGUUUCUGUAUAUAUAGCCCAAUAAAGUGAAAGUUUCCACCUUUAUGUA